UCUUUGAUUUGAGUCUUUUUCUCUGUUGAAGAUUUGGAGACAAGGAUGACUAUCCUCAUUGAGCAACCAGAUGUUAAUGGUAUGCAUGGUUCAUUGAUGCCACAAUGGGAGGAGACGAAGGUUUUGGCUCCUGAGAACAAUGAAGAAAUGUGUGAUCAAUUGGUAUUGGAUGGUGGGUUUGUGAUGCCAAAAGAAAUAGCCGACAACGAUGGAUGUGUGAAACCAGAACUUCUUGUGUCAAAUGAUGAGUUCAUUGCCCCUGACAUCAAUGCAUUUGGCCAGACAUUCAGGGAUUAUAAUGCAGAAAGUGAGAGGCAGAAAAGUGUGGAGGAAUUCUAUAGGUUGAAUCACAUUCAUCAGACGUAUGAUUUUGUGAAGAAGAUGAGGGAGGCGUACAGGAAGAUGGAUAGAGUGGAAAUGAGCAUUUGGGAAUGCUGUGAGCUCCUUAAUGAGGUCGUGGAUGAAAGUGAUCCUGACUUGGAUGAACCGCAAAUCGAGCAUUUGCUGCAGACAGCUGAAGCAAUUAGGAAAGACUAUCCUAAUGAAGAUUGGCUGCAUUUGACUGCUCUUAUUCAUGAUCUUGGAAAAGUGCUUCUUCUUCCUAGCUUUGGAGGGCUUCCUCAAUGGGCUGUAGUUGGAGACACACAUCCUCUUGGUUGUGCUUUUGAUGAAUCCAUUGUUCACCACAAGUAUUUCGAGGGCAAUCCGGAUCACAAUAACCCUUUGUACAACACUAAGAACGGAAUUUACUCUGAAGGCUGUGGACUAGAAAAUGUCAUGAUUUCAUGGGGACAUGAUGACUACAUGUACUUGGUGGCCAAGGAAAAUGGUACCACUUUGCCUGAAGCUGGAUUGUUUGUUAUCCGCUAUCACUCUUUCUAUCCUCUUCACAAGUCAGGGGCAUAUAAACAUUUAAUGAACGAGGAGGAUAAAGAGAACUUGAAGUGGCUCAACAUCUUCAACAAAUAUGAUCUCUACAGCAAGAGCAAGGUUCGAGUUGAUGUCAAAAAAGUCAAGCCUUACUAUUUAUCUCUUAUUGACAAGUAUUUCCCAGCAAAGCUGAGAUGGUGAGGCAUACAAGGAAAGAGUACAACUUUUUGCUCUCAACUCAUAAUGUAUGUACAAAAAUUGUUUACAGAAGAAGAGAUGUUGUGCUCCCUCCACUGCAGAGAUUUAUUUAGUAGAUUUAUCUAUGUAUUUACUUUGAAGAAAUGUAUUCUUGUGCUUAUAUGCACCCUACGGCAAAUACCCAAUUCCACAAAUAAAUGAAAUCAGUUUAUUGUUACAUC